CACUCGUAAUAGCUUAAGGAGCAAUGUCUAGUACUCUCAAGGGAUCGGUUUAUUUUCUUCCACUUCUUUUCUUCUUGCUUUCGGCGUCUUUGGUUUCACAAAAUCGGCAAGUUAUCGCGUCGUCAUCGUCGUCGUCGUCGGAUCAAGGGCCGAGCUACCGAAGAUUGGAUCCUCUGAGAAGUUUCAAGUACUACAAUGGAGUUUACGAUGUCAGAAAUGAGCAUUAUUGGGCUUCUACGGCAUUUACAGGAGUGCAUGGAUAUGCAAUUGCAGGAGUUUGGUUGUUAUGUGGGAUUGGUUUCGGAGUUUUCAUGAUUUUGAAGCAUCAAAGCAUAAGCAGUUGGCCAAUUAAAGAUUUCUUGGAUCACCACUAUUUGCUAAUGUUCUUGAUGGUCAUUUUCUUUACCUUUCUUGCCAUAGUUACAUCAAGUGUUGUCCUCUUAGCAAACCAAAGCUCUGUAAGGAGAAUGGAUAAAUUGAAGGGAACCCUUUUCAGUGUAGGCGGGGACGCUCGAAGAAGCAUUAGAAAAGUUGUGAAUGCAAUGACACAAAUGCAGUACCUCUUGGUCCCAUAUGAUCCAAGCAUGGCUGUGACUUUAAACACGACAACCCGUCGACUGGGAAGCGAAUCGCGAGCUGUCCAAUGCUUCAUCGAGAAGAACGGGCAUUCCAUUGAUCGUGCUAUUCAAACUUCGUACGUCGUACAUGUUUUGGUUGUCACAACCAACUUAGUGUUAAUCAUCGGGGCAUUAGUUCUGAUCCUGUUGCACUGGUACCCAGGAUUUGUUUUUAUUAUUUGUCUGUGCUGGAUAUUAACAACACUCUUCUGGGUUUUGACUGGCUUCGAUUUCUUCCUUCAUACUUUCGCGGAAGACACAUGUUCUGCUUUUGAAGAGUUUGAAGUAAACCCACAAAAUAGUAGUCUCAGCACAAUGCUGCCAUGCAUGGAUCCCUCUUCCUCAGAUAAAAUGAUGGUUGAAAUUGGCUUCAUUGUUUAUAAUUUUAUAACUCAGUUGAAUUCUAAAAUACCAGACUAUCAUAGACUGCUUCAGUUAGAAGGUGGACAAUUAAAUGGUGAUCAGUAUUUAUCUGGUUUUGUAAAUGUAUGCAAUCCUUUUGACGGAGCUCCUAACUACAGUUAUGUGCCAGAAAGCUGUCCAAAGAAUGCCAUUCCAAUUGGUCAUUUGCCACAUGUUCUUGCCAGCUUCACUUGUUAUGAAGAAGACCAGGAAAGGUGCAAAACAGAUGGAAAAUUUGUGAGCGAGGCAAUUUACAACAUGGCCUCGGCUUACAGUCGUUCUACCCAGGAUUUGUUGAACAUAUAUCCGGACUUGCAAAGAUUGACAGAAUGCAAACUAGUGAAGGACAAGUUUUCGUAUGUCGUUUUGCACGAAUGCGUGCCGUUUCGAGUUUCGGUUCGAUUGUUGUGGUCAUCCAUGUUCUCACUUUCCAUUUUCAUGGUGGUUUUGGUGUUGCUUUGGGUCACAAAAGCUGUCCAAGAUAAGGGAAGAUGCUUCUCUUUGUGUUCCAUAAGGCCACAACCACGAGACAUCAUACAUAGAUUAUAUAGUUUAUGA